AUGUCCGACUGGUCUGACAUUACCGCGGCCCUGAAAGGUAGCUUGGACAAGCUCUCCAAUCUCCUCCAAUCCGAUGAGCAAUUGAAGGCUUUCACUGCGUCCAACGCUAUCAAGAAAGCCGUCACGUUUGGCAUCAAGUCAAGUGGCUCCGACAACACCCUCCUCAUCACCGUCGCGAAUGGUAGCGCGAAAGCCACAACUGGUUCCUCAAAAGAUGCACUGUUCACGCUUUGUGCCUUGCCCGAACAAUGGGAGCAACACUUUAAACAAGUCCCGGUAAUGCCAUACCAGAGCUACUGGGGCAUGUUUGGCAUGAACAUCAAGCAGAAAGGCAUCGAAAUCACAGGUGACGAGACAGCGUUCGUGCAAUGGACCCAUGUCUGGAGACGCGUUCUUGAGCUUACACACGACGCUCACUGUGGGCCGAUCAAAGAAGACGAACAGCCCGAGCCUCAGUACGACUACCUUACUGGAAAAUACACCUUCCUUGACGCUCCAGUAUGGGGCCGAUGCAAGAUCUUCUACGAAUACUCUGGCGAAGGCAAGCAGCCCAUCGUCUUUCUACACACUGCGGGAAGUGACAGCCGACAAUAUCAUGGUGUCAUGAACGACGCCAAGAUGCGCAAGAAGUGCAUCAUGUAUGCCUUCGACCUGCCCGGACAUGGACGUAGCUUUCCCCCAAAGAACUACAUGCCUGGAGCGCACACAAACACCGAAGACAGCUACAUAGGCAUAAUCGCGUCUUUUGUCAAGACUUUGGGUCUGAGGAGGCCUAUCAUCUGCGGCGCGAGCAUGGCUGGCCAAGUCUGCCUGGCAGCCGCCAUCCGCCACAGGGAGAUAGGAAUAGCUGGCACAAUUCCUUUGCAAGGCUCUGAGUAUCUUAACAUGGAACGGCAAUGGCACGACCGCUCCCCGUUCGUCAACCAGUCUUUGUACAACCCAGAGUGGGUUUACGGGAUGAUGUCUCCCACAGCACCUGAGGCGAACAAGCAGCUCAUAUGGCAUACAUACAGCGCGCAGGCAUAUGGCAUAUUCCACGGCGAUCUCGACUUCUACUUUGGUGGAUGGGACGGCCGCUCGCGCGUAGCUUCGAUUGAUACCCAGAACUGCCCUGUGUACAUGCUGACGGGCGAAUAUGACUGGUCGAAUACGCCAGAGAUGUCGCAAAAGACUGCGGACAAGAUCCCCGGCGCCGUGCACAAGUCAAUGCCGGACCUUGGGCAUUUUCCCGCGACCGAGAAUCCGACCAAGUUCGUACCGCAUCUGAUCGAGGCGAUUGACCACAUACAAAAGGUUAGGUCAGAAAACCUAAGCACGAUGCGACUAGGAAACGGCACAGACUAG